CAACUCUCCCAAAUACAUAUCAUCAUCCCUUAAAAUCCACACACACACACACUCUAUCUGUCUCUCUAGGCAUUUACCAUCCAAACCAUCACCAUGUCCCUGUUUAACACCCGGUUCUCCUUCUUCUUCCUCACAGUCUUUCCAUGGACCUUUCUCCUCUUUCUCUCUCUACCCUUCUCUCUCUCCUCCACCAACAUCCAUGAACUCCUUAUCUCCCAGGGGCUUCCACCUGGCCUCCUCCCAAAGGAGGUCAAGUCCUACACUCUCUCAGACAACGGGGAGCUCCAGGUCUUCCUUGAUGCCCCAUGCCUCACAAAAUAUGAGAACAGGGUUUUCUUUGAGAGUGUUCUGAGGGCAAAUCUCAGCUAUGGAAGCCUCAUUGGGGUCGAGGGUUUGUCUCAGGAGGAGCUCUUUCUUUGGCUGCCGGUCAAAGACAUCAUUGUUGAUGAUCCAAGAUCAGGUCUCAUUCUCUUUGACAUUGGGGUUGCUCACAAACAGCUUUCUCUAUCACUCUUUGAAGAUCCCCCUGACUGUAAACCAUCAGGUGUGCUGAAGAAUCAUGUGAGGAAGAAGAAAGGCCUUUGGGGUCUCAGAUAGGGAGAGUAGAGAUGCCAACUUGUUUCCAACUAUGUCGUCUUCUACUUCUAUGUUAAUGCAAUUUAAUAUUUUAAUUAGCACUAAGUGUAACUAGGUCCAGGUUAAUUGGCUUGAUAUUAUUAGAGGGUUUUGAGGAAGGAGAUUGUAAAGAUGUGAACUCCUUGAAUCAGAUUAACGGUUCUCAUUAA